UUAACUCCUAAACCCCUCCACCUCCUCUCUCAUAACCAUUUCUAACAACAAUUUAAACAACUCCUCCUCCCUCUCCUCCCUCUCCAAUCUCUCUUCUAGAAUGCAGAACUAGAAUCCGAAACCUAUCUACAGCUCCUCUCCCUGUUCGGUUUCAAGAUCAACUCUUCUUGAUCAACCCAACAAUGAUCACCUUACAAACACCAAGCUAACUUCCUUUACCAGAAAAUCAUAACCCGACCGGAGAAAUGACCAUGGACAGAAACUCACGACCAGAAAAACCAGGAAGAGACUCAAAUUCAGUUAUCGUUCUCUCAGUGGAAUGUCUAAAAGGGAGUUCAACAGCUGACGAAUGGACAGGAGACAUGCUUCAAACAGGAGAUAUAGUUGAAGAAAUUCUGAUCGGAUCCGGGUCAUCAUUAUCCGGAUCCAGGUCUAUAAGAUAUAAAGCUCCGUUCAAGAACGGAAAAAGUGGGGUUCAAAAGAUACUUCAUAAAUCGUUCAAAAACAAAGAGACUUCCAUUGUUGUUCGAGUUAGACGUGGUAGAGAUGAGUUUACUGAGUUGCAUGCCUGUGUUGUGCCCGAGUCGGGUUACAAAAAUAAAUAUGUUUUGAGGUCUAUUGAGGAUCCGAAUUACGCUGUCGGGUUCACGGAUCGGUCUGAAGCUGAAUGCUUUGAGCUACAAGCUUCAAGAAGCUCCAGAAUUGUUAGUGCAUUACAGAGGGCUAAGCUUCAAGAUGGGUAUGUGGCUUAUCCGUGGGAAAAGAAGAUGCAGGAGUACUUGUUAAUUCCCACCUCUAGCAGCUUUCUUUCUUUACUCCUCCUUCCAAAAGCUUCAGACCGAGUUGCUUCUCGAUACAAUGACUUGGAGGACACUCUUGCCAGGGCACAUGCGUGGCUGUAUGCAUCUCAGGCUUCUGGAGUUCCAAUUGUUUUCAUGAAUAUUCAGACCGAAUCCUUGCUUACCAAGAUAUCAGGAGAGACAGCUUCCUCGACUGUGAAUGCUGGUUCAUUUUCCGAUUUGUCUAGGCUUGCACAUGUAAGCUUGUAUGGUUUUGAGGAUUACCAUGGGGUUGAUCUCGGUGUGGUCAGAGCAGUUCGUCUUUGGUAUGCACCUUUAUGUGGAGAAUUUGCAAUUGAGGUCAAAAUAAAAGAAGAUGAUACUAAGCUUGGAUUUGCCAUCAGCCGCACAGAAGAGGGCUUUAUCUACGUCUCAUCAGUUAUGGACGAUGAUGACAAUGCACCAUCGACAAGGUCAGGGCUUAGCAAUCUAUACAAAGAAGCAACAAGCUCAUCGAGACUGCUGGUUGUUUCAAGAUUAUCAAACCAGAAGGUCCUUCCUUGGAUGGUUUCGUCGACAGGAGCAGUCAGAUGUUUUGACACGGUAUCACUAAGCCAGAAACUUUCCUUACAUCGCCAUGCCAAGGUGCCUAUUCUCAUCCAUGUUCUCUUGUGGGACGGAACAUUGCCUUCACCGCCAAGUGCAGGCAGUACUGGUAGGUUUAGGUCUGUACCCCCUCCUGUUAUGGCAUUGCCACCUGAAAUUCAAUUGGCACGCCAACCUAGUCAGAAUCAAAUACAGCCCCUGCCAGCAGCUGAUAUUCCGAAUGAUGCAGUCGUGGGGAGCGAGGCAGAUAUUAGGCUUGAUCGAGACACUGCCGGAGAAACAUCUUUCCGGUUCGAUUAUUUUUCACUUCCAAACAACUGGGUAUAAUUUUUUAUUCUUCACUGUAACUUCCUUGGUGAUAGCUGUGUGUAUAUAAAGAAAAUCUACAGGUCAAGAGCUUCCUUCGAUUGAUUUCCAUUCACAUAUAUAGGUUUUACUUCAUAAAUUUGUCCUAGAACUACAUGUACAGUUGAGUGGGAGGUUACUUGGACAACAAAAUGUAGGUUUUUUGUAACACGUGUAACAAACGUUUUGACAUUGAUUUUGAAAGUUUUUAUUGUCAAA